AUGGCGCUUCCCAUCAAGUUCACUGAACUGGUUCAGUUGACAAACCUUGACAUUGCGCCGCAAUCGGUAUCUUUCAACACCUGUACACUAGAGUCCGACCAUUUCGUUUGCGUACGACAGAAACUCAAUGAAUCAGACAAGCCUCAAGUCAUAAUUGUAAACCUCAAAAACAACAAUGAAGUCAUCAAGCGCGCUAUCAGCGCCGACAGUGCUAUCAUGCACUUUUCCCGCGAGAUCCUCGCCCUCAAGGCACAAGGCAGAACAAUUCAGGUCUUCGAUCUGGGGGCCAAGGCCAAAUUGAAGUCGACAAUGAUGAAUGAGGAUGUCGUCUUUUGGAAAUGGUAUAGUGACCGCAGCCUGGGCCUGGUCACAGAGACCUCAGUUUUUCACUGGGAUAUCUUUGACCCCACGCAACAGUCUCCGGUCAAGGUCUUCGAACGAAAUGCCAACUUGAAUGGUUGCCAGAUCAUCAACUACCGUGUCAGCGAUGAUGAACAGUGGAUGGUCAUUGUCGGUAUUUCUCAGAGAGAAGGCAGAGUUGCUGGUACGAUGCAACUCUACUCGCGUAACCGUGGCAUCUCUCAGCAUAUUGAAGGUCAUGCUGCAGCAUUUGGCACGUAUCAUGCGGAAGGCAACCCGAUGCCUCACAAGCUCUUCACCUUCGCGGUCCGAAAUGCUGCUGGUCAAGGCAAACUGCACGUCGUUGAGAUUGAUCCCAGCGAGAAUAACACGCGCUUCAACAAGAGGGCGGUCGAUGUCUAUUUCCCCGAUGAAGCCGUCAACGACUUUCCAGUGGCCAUGCAGAUCUCCAAGAAGUACAGCAUCAUCUACAUGAUCACCAAGUACGGUUUCAUCCAUCUCUACGAUCUUGAGACGGCCACGUGCAUCUUCAUGAACCGUAUUUCCAGCGAGACUAUUUUCAUCACCUGUCCGGACUCCGAAUCCGCCGGCAUUGUCGGAAUCAAUCGAAAAGGUCAAGUCCUCUCUGUGACCGUCGACGAGAAUACUAUCAUUCCGUAUUUGCUGCAGAAUCCGGCCAAUUCCAGUCUGGCCGUGAAGAUGGCCUCCAGAGCCGGGCUGCCUGGUGCUGAUAAUCUCUACCAACAACAAUUCGAGACUCUGUUUGCGCAAGGUAACUAUGCCGAAGCCGCUCAGAUUGCAGCCGAUUCUCCUCGAGGAUUCCUGCGAACUCCCGAGACGAUCAAUCGAUUCAAGAGUGCACCCCAACAAGUUGGACAGCUCUCGGUCAUCCUCCAAUACUUCGGCAAGCUGCUCGACAAAGGGAAAUUGAACCGAUACGAGAGUGUGGAACUGAUCAAGCCCGUCUUGGCCCAAAAUCGCAAGAACCUCCUGGACAAAUGGAUGAGCGAAGGCAAGUUGGAGUCAUCGGAAGAACUGGGCGACAUUGUUCGAUUGCAUGACUUGGAGCUGGCUUUGCGGAUUUACCGCGAAUCCAAUGUUCCACCCAAGGUCGUCGCCGCCUUGGCGGAAACCGGUCGAUUUGAAGAAAUCCUUCCUUAUGCACGGGAGGCCGGAUACCAGCCCGACUUCACCAGCUUGCUGCAACACAUUGUACGAGCGAACCCCGAGAAAGGUGCCGAAUUCGCGACUCAGCUGGCCAACAAUGAAGGGGGCCCCCUCGUCGACAUCGACAGAGUGGUCGAUGUUUUCAUGUCUCAAAACAUGAUCCAGCAAGCAACGGCCUUCCUUCUCGAUGCGCUCAAGGAGAACCGGCCAGAACAAGGCCACCUUCAGACUCGGCUUUUGGAGAUGAAUCUUCUCAACGCACCACAAGUUGCCGAUGCGAUCCUGGGAAAUGAGAUGUUCUCGUAUUACGACAAGCCCCGAGUUGCUCGUCUGUGCGAACAGGCCGGUCUUCUUCAGCGUGCACUGGAAAAUACAGACGAUCCCGCCUCCAUCAAGCGCAUCAUUGUUCAAACCGACAAGCUCAACCCUGAAUGGCUUCAACAAUACUUUGGCCGAAUGUCCGUCGAACAGUCUCUUGAUUGCAUGGAUGAGAUGCUCAAGUCCAACAUUCGCCAAAAUUUGGCCGCCGUGGUCCAAAUCGCGACCAAAUUUUCCGAUUUGUUGGGUCCAAACCGCUUGAUCGCGUUGUUUGAAAAGCAUCGCACCGCCGAGGGUCUCUAUUACUACCUGGGCAGUAUUGUCAAUCUCAGUGAUGAUGCAGACGUGGUGUUCAAAUACCUCGAGGCGGCCGUAACCAUGCAGCAGUUCCAGGAGGUGGAGAGAAUUUGCCGCGAAAACAACCACUACAACCCUGAAAAGGUCAAGAAUUUCCUGAUUGAGGCACGAUUGGCAGAGCAGCUUCCAUUGAUCAUUGUGUGCGAUCGAUUCAAUUUUGUCAAGGACUUGGUUGUCUACCUCUAUCGCCAUCAGCAGUACAAGUCGAUUGAAGUGUACGUCCAACGUGUCAAUCCAGCACGGACCCCUGCCGUGGUCGGCGCAUUGCUCGCCCUCGACUGCGAGGAACCGGUGAUCAAGAGCCUUCUGGCAUCAGUGGAACCCUCUGCGGUGCCCAUGGAUGAGCUCGUGGGCGAAGUGGAGUCCCAGAAUCGCCUCAAGAUCUUACUUCCUUUCCUCGAGUCAACAUUGGCCGCCGGAAACCAGCAACCUGCCGUGUACAACGCUCUGGCCAAGAUCUACAUUGACAGCAAUCAUGAUCCGGAGAAAUUCCUCAAAGAAAAUGAUCUGUACGACACCCUGACCGUGGGUAAAUACUGCGAAAAGCGCGAUCCCAACUUGGCCUACAUUGCAUAUCGCAAGGGCCAGAAUGACAUUGAGCUCAUCAACAUCACGAAUGAAAACUCCAUGUUCCGAGCCCAGGCUCGUUACCUCCUCGAACGUGCGGAUCCGGAAAUCUGGGCGUUCGUGCUUGCGCAAAACAAUACCUACCGAAGACCUCUGGUUGAUCAAGUCAUUGCCACCGCCGUUCCCGAGUCGAACGAACCGGACAAGGUUUCCGUCGCCGUCAAAGCAUUCUUGGAUGCCGAUCUACCGGCAGAACUGAUUGAGCUUCUCGAAAAGAUCAUUCUCGAGCCGUCCCCGUUCAGCGAGAACAGCAGCUUGCAGAACUUGCUCAUGCUCACGGCGGCGAAGGCGGACAAGUCUCGCCUCAUGGAUUACAUCCAGCAACUGUCUGAAUACAACACGGAAGAGAUUGCCAACAUGUGUAUCCAACAAGGUCUGUACGAGGAAGCUCUGGAAAUCUACAAGAAGGUCAAUGACCACAGCGCCGCGGCCAAUGUCCUGGUCGACCACAUCGUGAGCAUCGACCGUGCCCAAGAAUAUGCCGAAAAGGUCGACCUUCCUGAGGUUUGGAGCAAAGUGGCCAAGGCACAACUGGACGGUCUCCGAGUCAGCGAUGCCAUCGAGUCGUACAUCAAAGCUCAAGAUCCCAGCAACUAUAACGAGGUCAUUGAAACCGCCACUCAUGCCGGAAAGGAUGAAGACCUCGUCAGAUAUCUCAAAAUGGCCCGGAAGACCCAGCGCGAGCCGGCCAUCGACACGGCGCUGGCUUUCAGCUAUGCCCGACUCGACCAACUUCCCGAACUCGAGGAUUUCUUGCGCUCGGCCAACGUGGCGGAUGUCGAAGCUUCCGGUGACAAAGCCUCCGAAGAAGGUUAUCACCAGGCCGCUAAGAUCUUCUUCACCAGCGUCUCGAACUGGGCCAAACUGGCGACCACCCUGGUCCACCUUGGUGAAUAUCAAAAUGCCGUCGACUGCGCCCGACGCGCCAACAGUGUCAAAGUGUGGAAGCAAGUCAACGAGGCCUGCGUGGCGAAGAAAGAAUUCCGGUUGGCUCAAAUUUGCGGUCUCAACCUCAUCGUCCAUGCCGAAGAGCUGCAAGAUCUGGUCAAACAAUAUGAGCGUGAAGGAUACUUUGAGGAGCUGAUCUCGCUGCUCGAAGCCGGUCUGGGAUUGGAACGAGCACACAUGGGCAUGUUUACGGAACUGGGAAUUGCUCUGUCAAAGUAUCAUCCCGACCGCGUGAUGGAACACCUCAAGCUCUUCUGGUCGAGAAUCAACAUUCCCAAGAUGAUCCGUGCUUGCGAAGAGGCGCACCUCUGGCCGGAGCUGAUCUUCUUGUACUGCCAUUAUGAUGAAUGGGACAAUGCAGCAUUGGCGAUGAUGGAGCGUGCCGCGGAUGCUUGGGAACAUCACUCAUUCAAGGACAUCGUUGUCAAGGUGGCCAACCUGGAAAUCUACUACCGUGCCCUCAACCAUUACCUGCAGGAGCAGCCACUCUUGCUGACGGACUUGUUGCAGGCUCUCACGCCUCGUAUUGAUGUCAACCGUGUGGUUCGCAUGUUUGAGAAGUCGGACAAUAUCCCCAUCAUCAAGCCAUUCCUGCUCAACGUCCAGGGUCAAAACAAGCGUGUGGUCAACAACGCUAUCCAUGAUCUUCUGAUUGAAGAGGAAGACUACAAGACCCUGAAAGACUCGGUGGAGAAUUACGACAAUUACGAUGCGGUGGAAUUGGCACAACGCCUGGAGAAGCACGAACUCGUCUUCUUCCGACAGAUUGCCGCCCAGAUUUAUCGCAAGAACAAGAGAUGGGAGAAAUCCAUUUCCCUGUCGAAGCAGGACAAGCUGUUCCGGGAUGCCAUCGAGACGGCGGCCAUCUCGAGCAAAUCGGAAGUGGUGGAGGAUCUCUUGAGAUAUUUUGUCGACAUUGGCAGCCGUGAAUGCUACGUCGGCAUGCUGUAUGCAUGCUACGACCUGAUCCCGCUGCACACGGUGAUGGAGAUUUCUUGGCGACAUGGGCUCAGCGAUUUCACGAUGCCAUUCAUGAUCAGCUACAUGAGCCAACAGGCGACGACGAUCGAGCAAUUACGAAAGGACAACGAAGAACGCAAGGCAAAGGAAGCCAGUCAGCAAAAGACCGAAGACAACACCCCGAUCAUCGGAAGUCGCCUAAUGCUGACCCAAGGACCUACCAACCCGGGACCAACACCCGCGGGGUACGGGCAUACUAACGGAAUCACGCCUCAGCCUACCGGAUUCCCUCGGGCAUUCUAG